AGAAACACUAAUAAUAUGGGUAUUGAAGACAUUUGCUUUGAACAAUCUGAUGGAACCUCUCUGCCAUUCACAUCUAUCUACCAAUUCGUGAGGUACCUUGGAAGUGGCAGUUUCGGUGAUGUUUACGAAGUUGUCCGCAUCUCCUCAGGCCUCCGGAUGGCUCUGAAAAUCGUAGACAAAGAUUGAAGCGACUUUAACAAAAUAGUUUUACUCAGACAUGAGGCUAAAAUUUUGGAGGAAUGAGACCAUCCAAAUAUUGUACAGUUUUACUACCUUGAUGAAUACGUAAAUUACCUCGUAAUGGCAAUAGAGCUGUGAGAGCUAGGAUCUGUCAAGCAAUAUAUGCACAGCCUUCCUGACAAAGCUAAGGUCGAUGACCUCAUCGCAAGCAAGAUAACUAAAGGAAUCCUCCAUGGACUUGAAUAUCUGCACGAAAGGAACACUUUUCAUAGAGAUUUAAAGCCUGAUAAUGUGCUUUUAUCUGGAAAUGCACAAAGUCCUAUUGCAAAGAUAUGCGACUUUGGCCUUGCUAAGAAACUCGAUCCAGGAAUGGACGGACUUGUCUCAGAAUUAUGAGGGACCCUUCUCUAUAAAGCUCCAGAGCAGCUUCUCGGGAAGUUUUAUUCAAAAGCUGUUGACAUAUGGGCCACCGGUUUCAUAAUGUUCGAGAUGCUCAACAGACAAAGACCUAUUGAACAGAGUUCACGAAUGAAGGAUACUGAGUAUAUUGCUCUAUUCAAUUACAACAAUGGUCAAGAUAUCUUUACGAUCCCAUCUGACUUCGAAAAGACCAUUGCGUGAGAUUUCUUUAAGCGAGCCUGAAACUUUCACCAGGGUAAAAGAUAUCGUGCGAUUAGAGCCUUAAAACACCCUUGGAUCACCAGGAACAAAAACGAUAAGAUUCCUAAGAGCUUCUAUGAAGAAAUGAUAAGAGAUUAUGAGCUUGAGGAACUCUUUAAAACCACUCAAAACGUGCUUUUCUCGGUGUCUGUUCUGUCAAAGUUACCCUCACCAGACCCAGACUAUGUCAAAAAGCUACAAGCAGCUGUGAAUGGAACUGAGACGCCAACUGAAGAGCUAUCUCAAAAAUACUCUACUUCUACGUUAACAGAGUCAGAUAUGACCAAAGUGUCAUCAAAUGAUCAUAAUAAGACUCGACAAAGAAACUUCAGGAUUUCCUUGAAGAAGACCAAAGCAAAGAGGGCGAAAACCGGCCUCAGGAAGUCCAUCAGAGGCUCCGGCAUAACUAAAUAAAUCAGUCAGGAUCAAGAAGUCGAAGCCAAGACAUCCAGUGACUCGAGAGAAGGCCUCUAGAGUUAAGCUGAUGGACAACCCAACUCAGAUUCUCAAUUUAAAUCCUGCCUCACUCCACUCAGUAGAGGGUCUCAGAAAGAGGAGUACUGAGGUAUCCACUACGAUAAAGAGUCAAACAAGGAUCCCAAGAGUUACAUCCUUCAAAAUUAAUGAAAGAGUGAAUAAGCUUGAAGUAAACCUUUACAGGAGCUUUGAGAGAGCAACUAAAGGUGACAAAAGCAUCUUGCCGGAUAUCGAGUCUAAAAAGAUCUUGAAAUCUCCGAGAAAUAAGAAUCCAAAGAACCAAUCACUUAUCCGAAGAGAGAGAGCAAUGAACGAGCAUUUGACGAUGAAUGACUCCAUUACCAAGAGCUCACUUUGCCAGCACAUGGUCCAUUCUUCUUUAAAGAAGGCAAAGAAAAUAUCAAAGAUCCGCAAAGGCAAAAUGAUGAAGUCAAAUGAUAGUUUUAUUGAAUAUGCUGAUGAAGAGGUCCAUACGAUUACAAAAUCACCCAAAAAGUAUCUUUCUAAGAAGAGAAAUAAGGAGCAUGGAAUCAUCAACUUCUACAGGAAGACUACAAAGGCUUCGUAUAAGACAAAGAAAGUGAAGAAUUUGUACCAGAAUACUCCUCUUAAACCAGGAGACUUGGGCAAUCUUAAAAUAGGAGACAACAAAAUCUCCCUAUUUAAGUAUAUCAAAGAGAAUGACUUGUUCAGAUCAGCCUUUAAGUUUAAGGGCGAGAAGGAGAGUAGGAACCUAAAGGUAAUAAAGUAUGCGAAAUCAGCAAAGAAGAGUCAUCUUGGCGCUUUUAAGGAGUACCUUUAGCCAUUAAUAAUUUUUAAUAAUUUCAGACUUCAAUA